AUGGUGGACGAGGGACCAGCUGUAUACCCAGAAGAGGUUGUAUUGAGUCACAUUGAUGACGAGGACUAUUCGGUAUACCUUCCAAUGGUAGUCAUUAACGGCACUUCAUCAUCACGGCGGUCUUCAUUUCAUGAUAGCAGCGACGAUGAUCAUCAUGACUGUGAAAAUGACACUCCCAAUGAUGAAGCUGAACAGCACGACAGGGUUUCCUAUGCCCAACUAAGUGCCAUCUUGUCACUAUCCGCCGAAAAAUAUCCACCCAACGAAAAAGACGAAAAAGAAAGCAUUUCCAAAACAUUAUGUAAACGUAUACUUGGCUGUGUCGUAAAGUAUGCGCAGGAGCAUGAUUUGGACCGUGAAGCAGAAAUAUCAGAGUUGCUACGUCCUGUCGAGGAGCAAUCGAUGAAGCGGUCCGCCAAGGCAGAAUUGCGGCAAGCUGUUCCAUUCUAUGUUGGCUAUGCAGCAACACUGAUAACAGCUAAUCCCAUCCCAAUGAUGAUUGGUUGGUCUGUUAUGGCAUCGGGCAACCAGAAAGCCGAAAAGGAAAUGAAGAAUCUAAGUUCCGUAACCAAGGAGACCAAUCGUCGCUCAGAUGUGGAGAAAACAUCUCUCUUGGACGAGCCCGACUUUUAG